ACGCCGGCGCCGUCUUCCUGGCUGCCUGCUCCAGCGGGGACACGGAGGAGGUGCUGCGGCUGCUGGAGCGCGGCGCCGACAUCAACUACGCCAAUGUGGACGGGCUCACGGCGCUGCACCAGGCUUGCAUAGAUGAUAACGUAGAUAUGGUGAAAUUUCUUGUGGAAAAUGGAGCAAAUAUUAAUCAACCAGAUAAUGAAGGCUGGAUACCUCUACAUGCAGCUGCUUCCUGUGGAUAUCUUGAUAUAGCAGAGUAUUUAAUUAGUCAAGGAGCACACGUAGGAGCUGUAAAUAGUGAAGGAGAUACUCCAUUGGAUAUUGCAGAAGAAGAGGCAAUGGAAGAGCUGCUUCAAAAUGAAGUAAAUAGACAAGGGGUUGACAUAGAAGCAGCUAGAAAAGAAGAAGAACGAAUAAUGCUUAGAGAUGCAAGACAGUGGCUUAACAGUGGCCGUAUAAAUGAUGUCAGGCAUGCAAAAUCUGGUGGUACAGCACUUCAUGUAGCUGCUGCUAAGGGGUAUACAGAGGUUUUAAAGCUUUUAAUACAGGCUGGCUAUGAUGUAAAUAUUAAAGAUUAUGAUGGCUGGACACCACUUCAUGCUUCUGCUCAUUGGGGUAAAGAAGAAGCCUGUCGAAUUUUAGUGGAAAACCUAUGUGAUAUGGAGGCUGUCAACAAAGUGGGACAGACUGCGUUUGAUGUAGCAGAUGAAGACAUUCUAGGAUAUUUAGAAGAAUUGCAAAAGAAGCAGAAUCUGCUUCAUAGUGAAAAACGGGAAAAGAAAUCUCCCCUAAUUGAAUCUACAGCCAACUUGGAUAAUAAUCAGUCACAAAAACCAUUUAAAAAUAAAGAGACUUUGAUUAUUGAGCAAGAAAAGAAUGCAACCAGCAUUGAGUCUCUAGAGCAUGAGAAAGCAGAUGAAGAAGAAGAAGGAAAGAAGGAUGAGUCCAGCUGUUCUAGUGAAGAGGAUGAAGAAGAUGACUCAGAAUCUGAAGCAGAAACAGACAAGAACAAACCUCUAGCUAAUAAUGCAAAUAACGUCAGUACGCAACCCACUUCCGUAGCUGUGACAGCACCUUCGAUACCCACUGGUCAGAUGGCACCUACAUCACCUGUUAAGAAGUUUCCAACUUCAACAACCAAAGUUUCUCCAAAAGAGGAAGAGAGAAAAGAUGAAUCUCCUGCUUCCUGGAGGUUAGGGCUUCGGAAGACUGGUAGUUAUGGUGCACUUGCAGAGAUUACAGCUUCCAAAGAAGCUCAGAAAGAAAAGGACUCCACAGGUGUCAUGCGUUCAGCUUCAAGUCCCAGGCUCUCCUCUUCAUUAGACAACAAAGAAAAGGAAAAGGAUGGUAAAGGAACUAGACUUGCAUAUGUUGCACCUACAAUACCAAGGCGAUUGGCCAGUACAUCUGACAUAGAUGAGAAAGAGAACAGGGACUUGUCUGCUAGCUCAGUACGUAGUAGUGGUUCUUACACGAGAAGAAAAUGGGAAGAUGAUGUCAAGAAGAACACUUUGAAUGAAGGCCCUACAUCACAGAAUGCAAGUUAUCAAAGAAGUGGCUCCUUUGGUAGAAGACAAGAUGAUUUGAUUAGUUCUAGUGUUCCAACUACUACGGCAGCGCCAACAGUUACCUCUCCAGCUGGUCUUCAGAAACCCCUGCUUACCAGCGCAAACACUACUACAAAGACUACAACGGGUUCUACUUCAGUAAGCUUACAAAGCAGUACCUCAAAUCGUUUGUGGGCUGAGGAUAGUUCUGAGAAAGAAAAGGACAAUGUUCCUACAGCAGUGACCGUUCCUGUUGCACCAUCUGUUGUAAAUGCUACAGCCACUUCCACAAGCGUGACUACGGCUACUUCUGGCACUGUAUCCUCAACAUCAGAGGUCAGGGAGAGACGGAGAUCAUACCUCACUCCUGUUCGGGAUGAAGAGUCUGAGUCCCAAAGAAAAGCUAGAUCCAGGCAAGCAAGACAGUCCAGAAGAUCUACACAGGGUGUAACAUUAACUGAUCUUCAAGAAGCUGAAAAAACUAUAGGAAGAAGUCGUCCUACACGAACCAGAGAACAGGAAAAUGAAGAAAAAGAGAAGGAGGAGAAAGAAAAACAAGAUAAAGAAAAGCAGGAGGACAAGAAGGAAUCAGAAACUAAAGAUGAUGAUUAUAGACAAAGAUAUUCCAGAACUAUUGAAGAGCCCUAUCAUCGCUAUAGACCAACUUCAACUACAGCUUCAACUACUUCGUCAUCCACCUCUUCACUUUCCACAUCCACUAGCUCUCUUUCUACUUCAAGCCAACUAAACAGACCAAACAGCCUUAUAGGUAUAACUUCUGCCUAUUCCAGAAGCGGAACAAAGGAAAAUGAGAGAGAAGGAGGGAAGAAAGAAGAAGAAAAGGAAGAAGAUAAAUCACAGACUAAAUCAAUAAGAGACAGGCGACGGCCGAGAGAAAAACGAAGGUCUACCGGAGUUCCCUUUUGGACUCAAGAUAGCGAUGAAAAUGAACAGGAGCACCAGUCUGAUUCAGAAGAGGGAACAAAUAAGAGAGAAACUCAGAGUGAUAGCCUUUCAAGAUAUGAUACGGGAUCUAUCAGUACAUCUUCAAGUGACCGUUAUGAUUCAGUGCAGUCACGUUCUGGGUCACAGAGUUACCUUGAAGACCGAAAACCAUACUGUAGUAGGCUAGAGAAAGAAGAUGCACCUGAUUUUAAAAAGCUUUAUGAACAGAUUGUAGCUGAAAAUGAAAAGCUGAAAGCACAGUUACAUGAUACCAACAUGGAGUUGACGGAUCUUAAACUACAGUUGGAAAAGGCCACUCAGAGGCAAGAAAGAUUUGCUGACAGGUCACUUUUGGAAAUGGAGAGAAGGGAAAGAAGAGCUCUAGAAAGAAGGAUAUCUGAAAUGGAAGAAGAACUCAAAAAUCUACAUCAAGUAAAGCAAAUUCAGUCUUUGAGACAUGUAAAUGAGCGGCUGGUGGCUGAGAAUAGGGCCUUGACCAGAGUGGUUACCAAGCUGUCAGGGUCCUGUAGGCAACUGCAUUCUGUGGACUUGUAAUUUCUUCUUCCUUCAUUUCUCUUCCUUUGUGUAGCCAGAUGCUACCAGACUUGAAGGCAGACAACCAGAGGCUAAAAGAUGAAAAUGGGGCCUUGAUCAGAGUUAUAAGCAAACUUUCCAAAUAAAAGGUUUACUACAGCAGCAGAUUAUGGUAUUGCACAUAACUAGUAACUCCAGUGGACCAUAGCACGGCAGUCACUGGAAGCCUGGGAAGAUUCCUUGGAGACUGUCAUUUUCAGAUAUCCUGCCAAACGCCCUCUUACCUGUGUGUGUGUGUGUGUGUGUGUUGGGGUUUUUUUUGUUUUGUUUUUUUAAUCAAGACCAUUGUUUCUGUUAAAAUGCAGCUGCUGAGAAGAUAAAAUGACUGAGAAAUCUUGUUUACAGCUACAGCAUAUAAGGAAAGUGUUCAAGGCCAGAUACGCCUCAGAUAUUUAACCAGUAAGCCUUAGUUGUACAUAAACACUUUUGCAUCAACAAAAGCUUUCAGCUCUCACAGAAGACAGUUACUCACUAAUGUUUUUGUUGUGCCACAGUUCUCAAGUUUUUCUAUACUCAAUUUUUUUCUUUGCAUCUAAGUUUGGAUUUGCUUCCCCCUCGCCCCUUCUAAUUAUUCAUGUACUAGAUUUUCCUGUACAGUGUUUUUUUUCACAGCUUUACCAUUUGCAGAGACCACACACCCCUUUAAAAUACAUUGUGUAGCAAACUAGAGCUGUGUUGUCUAGCCACCUGGCACAGAGAUGUUUGGUGGAACAUUUGCUUUCACUGUUUGUGCAAUAUGCAUUUAUUUCCUAUACAAGAUGCUUUAAAGUCAGUUGAACCUAGAAUUAUUUUAAGAGUCCAGUUUUCUGCCUUUAUUGGUCACAUUUUUUAAAGAAAAAAAAAGUUUGUAGUGAAAGAUGUUAGAUCCUGUAAUCUUCACAUUCAUUUUAGCAGGUACUGAGUGAUGCUGUAUAUAUAAAUGUGUACUGUUUUGAUUUUUUUUCAGACCACCACGUGGCAUGCUUGAAUAUAUUUCCCUAUUGCAAAUGUCUGUUAAUGCAAAUUAGGCUACUCCAGAAUACUGUGUUUAACAAAGUUAAUUAAUUUUUAUGGUAUAAAGACUUUAGACAUUGUACAUUGUAUGGAGCCCUAUCUUUGCAAAAGGUUUAAACUAUAUAAAAUACUUUUAUUACCUUUUCCUCCCAUUUUUUCAUUUGAUAGUGUUCACCAUAAUAAAAGUUGCAUAAAUAUAACUGCUUCACUACAUUUCACAUACCUGUAUUUAUCUGAGUGCUGUCCAAAACUGUUGUGCUAGCCAAAGUAAUGUUACUAAAUCAUUUGGAAAAACCUAACCCAUUACACUCACGUUAAUGUUUAUAUGCACUGUUAUUGCCAUGUGAAAAGGCAUCUGAUUUGAUACCAUCAUCAUGUCAGACCAUUUUAUACAUUUCAGUGGCCUUUAAAAAAUACAUAAGUGAAGAUAGCUUUUGUUAGAAACAAACAGCUUUUAUAUUUUCACUAAACCAUUCAAGAAUUACAUCUUAUUGGCACAUAAUCUAUUGCCUAAAACCACUGAACAGUUCAGCCAUUAAAAGAAAUUGUACAUUGUAAAGCUUGUAGUAGCUAAUGUAUUAUUGACUAUAUUGUAUACUAUAUUAAAUGUGAAUUUGUACCCCUUCAUUUAAAAAAGGUCAUUGUGUUCUACUGCCUACUUUUUGGGGAGGGGUGUUUAGUUUUAUUGGGGGUGGGAGGGCGUGUUUUGGUAAAGAGGACAUGUCCUCUUUCUGUUGAUUGGUUUUUUGAAGAUGUAAGGUUAUGCUCUUACUACCAAGCUCAGGAUUCUUGAUUUUAAAAAGGUACAAGGAUAGUUUGAGAUAUCUUGUUAUAAUUGAUUUGUAUGAGAGGUGGGUCUGACUAUAGGGAACCUUCCAUUGUCUUAUGCGAACAUUAAACAGAGAAUUGACCAGUUUGAAUGGCUGCAAUGUGUUUGAAUUCUGUUACAAGAUAGAUGGGCAUAUUUUUGGAUUAUAUUUGGUAAAGUUGGGUGCCUGUGAAUGACUAAAUACGUGUUUCUAAUAUUUUAGUGUUUUAUAUUUAGGUUAUUUAUUCUUUAUAUCUAAAAACCGAAUGGCUACUGUGCUACAUUGAUUUUAUUGGUAGUACUGAGCAGACCUUGUAUCUGCAUGAAACUAGUUGCAAAACCCACUAUUUUGGAAAAAAAAUGUAUUUUGACAUAUACAAAUAAAAUGAAUACAAACUAUUUUAAAUGUGUGAAGUUUUACUGAGAAGACAUUGAAACCGUGUUAUGAGUUUGGUAUUUAAAUCCUUCAGUGGGCAUUUUUUUUCAUUCAUUGCUUUACUUGGAUGCAAAGUUCAAGUGCUUUUCAAAGAUUGUAAUCCAGUUGUGAUUAUUUGCACAUUGAUGUACAUGCACAUCUGUAAAGGCAACAGUAAAAAUGCCAUAUUUAUGCAAUCUGUAACAACUUGGACAAAUGUUUUAUAUUUUACAUAAACCUGUCUGUAUGCAGAA